AUGUGCACAGACUUCGCCUCCGUUUACCCUUGUCGCUGCAGUCUUCACACCCCAGCGCCCAUAUCUUCAGUGGCCAUGGCCAACGCGUACGAAGUAGAGUCCAUGGAAAUAUCAGCUUCGGAUGAAGACCUCUACAACCUCUACAACGAAGCAUGCGAAGCCGACAGUGUUGUCGCAUCAUCACUUUCGAUCCCAACCGAUAGGAGAUAUGCUACAUUGGUUGUUGAAGGUCUGGGCUCAGAAGUUAUCGGCAAGGUGGAAAAGUUGUCCGCGGUGACGGUUGGCAGCAAUACUGUUGAACUGAAACGGCACUACCAUGUAUCCGGCGAAUGUCCUUUGCUGGUUGAAACAGGAGAAGGAAAAUUAGGAGCGUGGGUUUUUAAGUUAGGAAAAUAG